UGUUUAUGUAGUAUCCGGCGAGCUUCGAUUUCAGCCGUACAUCGUAGCUCCGCUGCUCUCACAGUUUACUUUGAAAAUGGCGCAGAGUCGCAAGAAGCAGACUGUCUUCCAAGUUUAUGAGAAUAAGAGGAAGGCAUCAGAAAAAAGAAAUAAGACCAGAGUGUAUUUGGGAGAUUCUUUCCCGCAAUGGCGUGCUCUGAAAGCGCUGACUGGAAUUCCCACUGACGCCUCCUUUGCAAAGUUUCUAAUGGACAGCUACGAGCGCAGUAGCCAAGGAUGUCCUCCACCAUCUAAAGACAAAGCUCAACCUCUCAGACCCCCCGUGUCUGGCGUCACAAGCUCUUCUGAUCCUAACAGUGACCAAGUAUGUCCUACACCAUGCAAAGGCACAGACGAACCUCUCAGACUUCCUGUGUCUAGUGUCACAGGUUCUUCUGACCCUAAAAGUGACCACGUAUAUACUACACCAUGCAAAGGCAAAGAUGAACCUCUCAGACUUCCUGUGUCUAGUGUCACUGGCUCUUCUGACCCUAAAAGUGACCACGUAUAUACUACACCAUGCAAAGGCAAAGAUGAACCUCUCAGACUUCCUGUGUCUAGUGUCACUGGCUCUUCUGACCCUAAAAGUGACCACGUUUAUACUACACCAUGCAAAGGCAAAGAUGAACCUCUCAGACCUCCUGUGUCUAGUGUCACUGGCUCUUCUGACCCUAAAAGUGACCGAGUAUAUCCUACACCAUGCAAAGGCACAGAUGAACCUCUCGGACCCCCUGUGUCUAGUGUCCCAGGCUCUUGUGAUCCUAAAAGAGAAAGUGUUUACAUCAAAGAAGAACCCGUGGUGAGUUCAUCUAAUGAAGUUGAGCUGGACAGCAUGGCUUCUCUCUCUGAUCCAUCUUCAGAACUUGAACAGGAGGUGAAGACAGAACCUGCAUCUUGUGAAGAUGUGUCAGAGAAUAAAGAAAAUAAAGAUGAAGAUGGAGACAUCAGCGCCUCACUAAGUGUGGGAGAUGGCUACUACCUGGUGGAUUUGGGAAGCUCGUCUGAGUUCGUGGUGGACGAAGCGUGCAUCCUCGAGCUCUUCAGGUCCUGCCAGCGAUGCAGCCGCCACUGCAGGGUGAUGAAACGCGUUCAAGGCCUGAAGAUCGUCGUCAACCAGAGGUGCUGCUACUGUGACAACAGAUUCGAGUGGACCAACCUGCCGGACGGCUUCUCCGACGAGGAAGACGGGGAUCUGCACAUAACGGACAGACGGCAACUAACAGCAGCUUGAGCUGAUUAAUGAGACAGACUUUUCUCCAUACAGCGGAUGACCAGCAGGCUGGUGCUUAUUUAAAUCUGCUGGGUGUAACUCAAAGGUCACACUCGUCCGUGGGGAUUUGCCUCCUGGUUUUUGUCGUCCUGGUUGCCUCAAAAGAAAUAAAAUUAUUUCCUUUUAAUAGUGCCAUAGAGGGGAAAUUUGUCUGCGGUUAACCCUCCCCUAGGGAACACUGUGCUGCAGCUAAAUAAGGGAUUCAGACCAAAGCAUAGUGCCACUUUACACAGACCACAGCCGAAGGAUUUAAACGCGUCAUACGCUCCUUUUAAGUAAAAAAACAAAACUGGUAUUUCUAGAUGACUAUUUUUUUUAUACAGUCAGUCGACAGUUUUUCUUGCUAGAAGCUGAAGAGCAUCAGUGUUUGUCAAAGUGUUACCACAAUCUAAUACAUUUCUAAACAUCAAUUUUAAAAUUACAAGGAAGUAAUGACAACGUACUCUGGAACAUAUGGGCUGCAUCUUUAAUUUUUUUUUUAUAAAAGUCUCAGAUUUGGGGUUUGGGUGAACGGUCACUUCGCAGAGUUUUCUUCCAUUGGAGCGUGGUGCGUUAUUUUUAGAGAACCCCGUUAAAUCUGUGCUGCUCUCCAUCAGUCUUACUGAAUAUGGUUCAGUAUCUGCAUAUACGGUCAAUACAAAUAAUCUGAGGCUGUCACGGUUGUAGGAGAUCGACCUUCCCAGUUAGAUGAUCUUUUAAGAAAUCCAAACAAGGGUUCAGAUAUCUUUUGUGGUUCUUGCGCCCACAAAACCUAGGUUCCUUUCUACUAAUUAUGAAGAAAGGAACCUCUUUCUGUGUGAGCACAUGUGGGAUGUGUGGCCACAUGCACAUUUUUUGUUUUUAUAUUUUUGUCAUUGCAACAUAUAUUCCAAUGGAAUGAGUCAUCUGCAUUUAACGCAUCCCUUGUGGGCUGCCACUGUGUGGCAAUUGUGGAUCGUUGGAUAAAGAAAAUUAGGCAAAUACAUAAAGCCCAGAGUUUCUAAAGACUAUGGCCAUACACUGACAGUUUUCUCAAUUAAAACACUUCUUUUGCCUACCUGUGUAUCUCAGCCCUGUGUGAUGGCAAAGGUACAUUUUUGUAACUCUGUGUUUUUCUACUGAUGUGGAGGCCCAGUCUCAGGAUGCAAAUGUUAAAUUGACCUGUUUCUGGUUGGCAAUAAAAAAAUAAAAUACAAUGUUUUCUUGCAAA